AUGGCCGAUGAUCUUCACGAUGUUGCCACCUAUCUUGCCGAUAUGCGACUAUGCUUUAUUCUGGUAACUGCCACUGGUUACCUCCUUCUUUUCGUCUACCUAAUCAUGCUUUGUAUUCGACGCAACAGACGAGCUCAACCCCGCCGCCGAAACUGGGAUUAUCAGCUGGAAAAUCAACGUGAGUUUAACAACCAAACUGGGCCCCAAACCACUGAGGACUUAGUUGGAGUUCGCAGUGAUGGAAAUGCCAGCUAUAUGGGAAGAAACCACCAU